CUCAUAAAGCAGCAGCAUCACGAAGCAUCACACGAAGUCCGGUAAUCACACUAAUAACGAGAACUGGACGUUGAAGAUGAUGAACGUUUCUGGAUCCUGGAUCUUCCUCCUCCUCUGCACUAGCUUUGCAUUUUCCCUGAAAUCAGUACUGGAGCGAGAGUUCAGGUACAACGUCUAUCCAAGCACCUGGGAGAACGCGCGGAACGUCUGCAGAAGCCACUACACCGACCUGGCCACCGUCUACUCAAAAGCAGAUGUGCAGAACCGGAACCUGGGGCGAUAUUACGCCUGGAUCGGCCUGGGUGGAGUCAGGACUUACUGGUCUGAUCUUGUGUUGUUUGACGGGAAGGGAUAUUUUCUCAACUCUUUGGAAAACCAAACCUUGGCCAACAGUGCAAAAUGUCUUGCAGCCAGCUACCAUGUCUGGCAUUAUAACAGCUAUCCACUAAUCAACAGAGUUUAUGGCCUGAAUUGUGGAAAUGAGUUCUUCUUCAUCUGCCAGUACGACAGUUCACAUUAUAACCAGGCAAAGGAGUAUAUUUUCAUAUCUGAAGCGAAGAACUGGUCUGCGGCUCAGCAGUACUGUAAGGACAACCAUGAAGAGCUGGCAAAUAUCGACGGUCAUCGUCUGACCAGCAACAUUCAUUCUGAGGAUUUUCCCUUCUGGAUUGGACUUCAUCGAGACGGUGGAUGGUGGAACUGGACUGAGGGCCCUUCAGAAUAUAAAAGCUGGGAAAUAAAUGAGCCGAGUUCCAACGGCGACUGUGUCUCCAUGUCCUCCGAGUCGUUCAACAUGGCUGCCCAAAACUGCGACAAGCGAUUCCCCUUCCUCUGCGUCUCGGACAACGUGGUUCUGGUGAAGGAGAACCGGAGCUGGGAGGAGGCGCUGGAGCACUGCAGAGGCCUCGGGUCGUCCAACUACAGCGACGAGCGCUACGAUCUGCUCAGCCUGCAGCCGGGAGAGGAGCACAUGCUGAGGAAGGUCCUGGAGGCCGACACUGAGGAGGUUUGGACCGGCCUCCGUUUCCUGGCUGGUGAUUGGCUGUGGGUGAACGGAGCAGACAUGUUGCACACUGACCUGCCCUCUUGCCCCGCCCCGGGGCAACACUGUGGGGCGCUGUCAAAAAACGAGACCGCUGGACUAAAGACCAAAGACUGUUUGGAGAAAAAGAACUUCCUCUGUUACCACGAAACAGCCAAACAUCAGCUGAACGCUGACCAGGUCGAAGAGGAGGCCGUUUCCACUGAGGCCCCGGCAGUGCUCCAGCGCCUCCUCCCAGCUCUUCUGCUCCUUCACCAGCUGCACGCUGACAUUCCUGUGCCCCAUGCAGACGAAGGGAAGCUGGACGUCGCAGGGCUUGGUGGACAUCUGCCUGCUCAGCGAGGAGACGGCCACGCAGUCGCCAUCUCUGUUCGGCUCGUUAUUUCUCCAGUUUAUAUAACCUGA